AUGGGGGUCGAGGGCCUAAGGCCUGCGGCACCUGCGGCGGUCGCGCCGCUUCUGCCCCAUGAAAUGGAGCACAUACGCAGAGUCUACGACGAGGACGUCGGGGGCAAAAAAUUUGCAGCCAUUAUCACGCCCCGCGAGGACGCCCAGAUGUUUCGCAGCACCGAUCAGCACUGCGUGCCCUGCGAGUGCAUCGUCGAGCUCUACGAGCUGCUCUGGCGCUGGGGCCAUCGGCGAAACAAAAGCCGCAGCUUUGCCGACAACUUUGGCUUCUCCAUCCCCGACACCGUCGUCAUCGCGAAGGGCAAGCCCUACGCAUGGUACUUUAUCAGUCGGAAGGAUGGCUCACUCCUCCGCAAAUCGGACGGCAACCUGUCCCUCUUCGCCUUGGAGAAGAAGCUCGUGGGAGAUCGCGACAAGGACGAGCAACGCGAUAAACCCUGUGCGGUUUGGCUGCCUAUGGCCUCCCAAUUCCCGGAGGCCCGGAGUCCCACUCCCUUCGCCGAGUUCCUCUCG